UCGGCCACGAGGGUCACUGGGGGUCCUGCCACUCCCAGGAAGGGACCCCCCAAGUUCAAGCAGAGGCAGACGAGGCAGUUCAAGAGCAAACCCCCCAAAAAGGGGGUGCAGGGGUUCGGUGAUGACAUCCCAGGCAUGGAGGGGCUGGGAACAGACAUCACCGUCAUCUGUCCCUGGGAAGCCUUCAGCCACCUGGAGCUGCACGAGCUGGCUCAGUAUGGCAUCAUCUAG